AUGAUUCAAUAUAUUAAAGGUGAUUUGUUCACACACGCAAUUCCAGCUGGUAAAAAAGUAAUUCUAGCCCAUGCCUGUAAUACCCAUGGAUCAUGGGGAGGAGGUAUAGCAGCUGUAUUCCGAAAGAAGUUCCCCAAAUCAAACAACGAGUACAGUCAAUAUUGUCAUAAGAACUCUAAUCUAUUGGGUACAUCUUUCAUUAUUGAGUCGGAUCAGCCAAAUAUACUUAUUGCGUGUCUUUUCACAAGUGAUUUUAAUCAAACACCAGAACAAAUUGUCCAUUUUACCAAACAAUCAAUUGCAGACUUGGCAAGAAAGGUAUCUGACUAUAAAGAAGUGGAGAAAUGUGAUGGUAAAGUUGCUAUAAAUAUGCCCAAGAUCAAUGCUGGGAUAUUCGGUGUUCCAUGGGAAGAUACCGAGCUGGCCCUACAAGAAUUUGAUAAUUUGCAUUUCAAUGUUUAUGUAAUUUGA